AUGAUAAUACCAAUUUGGCGGCCAUAUUUACAUCUAAAUAUUGGUGAUCGAAUAUUUCGUGGUGUAAUAUACUUUUUUAUAAUUGCUUAUGUAUUUCUUGGAGUAUCUAUUGUUGCUGAUCGUUUCAUGUCAUCAAUUGAAGUUAUAACAAGUAUGGAAAGAACAGUACAGGUAAAAAGACCAGGUUUGGAACCUUUGAAGGUAAAAGUAAGAAUAUGGAAUGAUACUGUUAGCAAUUUAACGCUAAUGGCACUUGGCUCCUCUGCACCUGAAAUUUUACUAUCAAUCAUUGAGGUGAUUGGAAAAGGUUUUAAUGCAGGUGAUUUGGGACCAAAUACAAUUGUUGGCUCAGCAGCAUUUAAUUUAUUUAUGAUAAUUGCAAUAUGUGUAAUGGCUGUACCAAAUGGUGAAAUUCGACGUCAAAAACAUUUAGACGUAUUUUGCGUCACUGCAACGUGGUCAUUAUUUGCAUAUAUUUGGUUGUAUUUAAUUUUAUCAGUAUUUUCGCCAGGUAUUAUUGAAAUAUGGGAAGGUUUAUUAACAUUUCUUUUCUUUCCAAUUACAGUAUUAACUGCAUAUGUUGCUGAUAUUAAAAUUAUACAGAGGCGUUUUAUGCCACAUCGUUAUCGUAGAACAUCGCAUGGAAUUGUUGCAACAGAAGGUGAAGAAAUGGAAAUUUUGGGUGAAAAUGGUUAUCUUAAAGGUAAUAAAAUUGAUCCAGCUGUAAAAGCAUUCGAAGAUAAUCGAAAAGCAUUUAUUGAAAUUAUGCGUGAAAUUAGGAAAAAAAAUCCACAAAUUGAUCCAAGCGAAUUACAAAAGCAAGCAGAAUAUGAAAUGAUUAGUCGUGGUCCAAAAUCAAGGGCAUUUUAUAGGGUGCAAGCAACCAGACGAUUAAUUGGUGGUGGACAUGUGAUAAGGAACCAACUUGAUAAAGAACAUCAUAAAUGUGCUAUUGCUCAAGAGCAAGAGAAACAAUUUCGAGAAAAUACCUGCAAAAUAUUCUUUGAUCCAGCUCAUUAUACUGUACUUGAAAGUGUUGGAACAUUUGAUGUAAUUAUUGGCCGAGAUGGUGGGCCUAAAGGAUUAACAGUUAUGGUUGAUUAUUGCACCGAGGAUGGUACCGCUAAUGCUGGAAAUGAUUAUAUUCCAGUUAAAGGGACAUUAAUUUUUCGUCCAGAAGAUAAAAUACAAAAAGUAACGAUAGAAAUUGUGGAUGACGAUGUUUUUGAGGAAGAUGAACACUUUUAUUUGCACUUGAAUAAUUUAAGAGUAUGUACUAAGGAUGGUUUAAUAUUGGAUCCAUUAAAGCUUGGUGGUAUACCAUUAGCAACCUUGGAACUACCUUCUACUGCUACCGUUAUGAUACUUGAUGAUGAUCAUGCUGGUAUAUUUUCAUUUGAACAUGAUCAUUUUGAAAUUAUUGAAAAUUGUGGUUAUUUGUUACUUAAAAUACAGCGUACGUCAGGAUGCCGUGGUAGAAUACUUGUACCAUAUAGAGCAGUUGAUGGUACUGCAUUACGUGGAAAGCAUUAUGAAUUUGAAGAAGGUGAAGUUAUUUUUGAAGAUAAUCAAACUGAAGCAUUCAUUGAAAUUGGUAUAACAAAUACUGAGCAAUAUGAAAGGAUGGAUUAUUUUUUUAUCAUUCUUGAUCAACCAAUUUGGAUCAAAAAGAUGUCAGAUUUGAGAAAAAUUCAAGAACGUUUUUUGAAGCGAAUUGAAAGAAAGAAAAAUGAAUCAUUGAAUAGUUUGAAUAGAAAGAAUGAAUCAUUUGAUUGUAAUGAUAAAAAUUUAACAACAACAACAACAAUAACAACAACAACGCCAACAGUACCACCCGUUGGUUUUACUCAUACUUCAUCAUCGUCUCCAAAUCUUUUUCAUCUUUCCAACCUUUUCAAACGACGGAUGAGUUCUUGGAUGACUAACAAUCGAGAUGAAGAUUUCAGUGAAAAAGAAGAAAAGUUGACAAAAGAGGAACUUGAAAUUGCUGAAUUAGGAAAGCCAUGUCUGGGAAAAUUCAAACAAUGUCAAAUUACUAUCAAAGAAAGCCGAGAAUUUCGAAGUGUAAUCGACCGUAUGCUACGAAAUGCUAAUGCAUCAUUUAUGCUUGGCACAACAAAUUGGCGUGAACAGUUCAUCGAUGCUUUAACUGUUCAUGCUGGUUUUGAAGACGAGAAAAAUGUUAGUGAGGAGCAGAUGAAUAAAGAAGAUGGAAAAUUAAAACCACGAUUUUUUGAUUAUUUCAUGCAUUUCUUAUCAUUACCAUGGAAAUUAUUAUUUGCAACAAUACCACCAACAGAUUAUUGGGAUGGUUGGGCAUGUUUCAUCGUAUCAAUUAUUUUAAUUGGUACACUGACAGCUAUUAUCGGUGAUUUAGCAUCACAGUUUGGAUGUUGGAUUGGUCUGAAGGAUGCUGUCACAGCUAUUUCAUUUGUCGCACUUGGCACAUCAAUUCCAGAUACAUUUGCAUCGAAAGUAGCAGCAAUUCAAGAUAAAUAUGCUGACUCAUCAAUUGGUAAUGUUACUGGUUCAAAUGGUGUAAAUGUAUUUCUGGGAAUUGGAAUAGCAUGGACGAUGGCAGCAGUUUAUCAUCGAUUGCAUGGUGACAAUUUUUACGUUGAACCAGGGACACUUGCAUUUUCGGUGACAAUAUAUUGUAUAGAGGCAUUAAUCUGUAUUGCAGUGAUUAUCAUAAGACGACGUCCUCCAAUUGGAGGUGAAUUAGGUGGACCUAUGAAAUAUAAGGUGUUAACAUCAGGUUUAUUUGUUACUCUUUGGCUUACUUACCUCGGUCUUUCUGCUCUCGAAUCAUACAAUAUCAUUUCUGGUUUUUAG